AUGUGCUCUCACGGAACUGACGGCCACGACCACGGCGCGCCGCCGCCGGCCCCCGCCACCACGGCCAGCCGUACCCUCUCAGAGCCCCGGCGCCUGUUAGGAAAAAAAUCACCUCCCUGUACAAGAAGCAACUGGUCAAUUUCUUCACAUGGGACAACGGGAGAAAGUCAACCUGUUGGCAUACGAGAUGGCCUGGAACUCUCCUGUCAUGCGUGGCGCGCUCUACUGACGCGACACACCACACAGGUCGUUGCAUCAUGGCGCCUACUCCAGCGCGCCACACGUCAAACCCUCCGUCUGGGACGCACCCGGCACCACCGCGCCCUAUAUUUCUCGAGGCGACGGCUGACGCCAACACGUUCCACGACACGCAGGCCGGCGAAGCCUUUGGCCCCCCGUGAACGACGCACUGGUUCCGCUGCCAGCUCAAGCUGCCCGAGGCCCUCUGUGACGAUGGCGUCCACGUCGAGCUUCACUGGGACUGCAAUAAUGAGGCGACCGUGUGGACUGCCGACGGCGAGCCGCUUUAGGCCGCCGGACCAGGAUAAGUACUUCAAGCUCCCCAAGGCCGAAGUCGUCGUCGUGAACCUGCCGGCGAGGAUGCUGCACAUGGAUUUCACCAUUAUCAGCGACGCCGCCAUGGAGCUGGCUGAGGAUACGUGUGAGCAGCCCGAGGCGCUUAACGUGGCGGGCAGGAUCCUUGACACGUGCUGGCUCUGGCCGUGGGCCGAGACGAAACGCAAGUGUGACCCGAUGGACCGCUAUCCCGAGCUCAAGCGCAGGCGCAGCAGGUCCUUCAAAUGGUUCAAGGAGAUUUACCCCUACGGCUGGGAGCGCGCCAAGGCCAAGGUCAAGUCUGGACAGUUUCACUCCAUUGGCGGGUCCUGGGUUGAGCAUGACACCACCCUGCCCUGCGGCAAGUCGCUCGUGCGCCAGUUUCUCUACGGCCAGCGCUUUUCGAGGCCGAGUUUGGCUUCCGCUCGACAGCAUUCCAAUCACAAGUCCCUGGAUCAGGACAACACGGCUCUCAUGGCUUUCGGCAAAGGCGACGGCCGUGGUGGCCCGACGUGGCAGCACUUGGAGAGGAUGAGGCGACUCCGAGGGGUAAAAUACCGCAAGGAGGAGCUCGACGAGAUGUGGCAAGGCGUCCUGCUCUGUCAGUUUCACGACUGCCUUCCUGGCACUGCCUUUGAGAUGUGUUACGAUGACUCGGAAAAGGAGACAGGCGUGGUGCUUUUGCAACAAAUAGUCACCGUUCUCGGCGUUGCACGAAUGCUGCCGUCGAUCUCCGAAGUCUCGACCCGCUGCCAUGGCCGCACCUCCUUUGACGACGCCAAGGCUGUCACCGUUGAAGAGAUCACACCUGGCCUUUUCCAACUACAGAACGCUCAUUUGACCGUCACGGUCAAGAACGGAACCAUCACUUCCAUCUACGAUCGCCGAGCCAGGCGAGAGACGUUGGCCGGUAAGGCGAAUCAGUAUGCUGUCUCCGACGACAAGCCGAUCUACUGGCAAGCGUGGGACGCCGAGGUGUACCACUUGGACACGCGUAAAGAGCCGAGCAACUCGAAUACCACGAUCCACGAGGAUAAGGGGCAUCGCGCGAGCGUCGUGACGGAGACGCGCAUCAGCGAGAACAGCUCCAUCAGGACGAUUAUCUCCCUCACAUCUGUCCUCGACGAACAACCAUCUCUCAUCGAGUGCACGGCAGACGUCGAUUGGCACGAGACGAUGAAGUUUCUGAAGGUCGAGUUCCCGGUCAAGAUCAGCAACACCGAGGCCUCGUACGAGACGCAAUACGGUGUCAUCAAGCGGCCGACGCAUUACAACACCUCGUACUUCGAAGUCUGCUGCCACAAGUUUGCCGACCUUUCGGAACACAAGUACGGCAUUUCCAUUCCCAACGACAGCAAAUACGGCUUCUCCACGGUCGGCAACGUCAUGUGUCUCUCCCUGUUAAGAUCACCCAAGGCCCCCGACGGCAACGCCGACAUGGGCCGCCACCGGAUUCGCUGGGCCAUGAUACCGCACCGCGGCGGGCUCGGCGCGCAGACCGUGCGCGCUGCGUUCAACUUUAACAACCCCCUCCGUCUUGUGGCCACUCCCAAGGGCAGGCCGAAUGUACUGCCAAAUGCCCCGAUUGCGCUCACCGGAGACCAUAACCUUGUCUUGGACUGGAUCAAGCGUGGCGAGGAUGACGAAGACGUGUCCCUCGAUGACCUCCCGAAAAGAAAGAGCAAAAGUGUCGUCGUGCGGGUGUACGAUGCCACGAAUAUCCUUGAGGGUGAUCUCGAGGAGGUUACUUCCGAGGGCGGCUCGUUUGAUACUUCGCUGGAGCUUUUCGAGAUUGCGACGCACCGUUUUUUGUUGAAGGACUGA